CCAGUCUCCACCACUACAUAGCCCCCCCUCGACGACAACCUUUUACUCUUCUUGGCCCCCUACACACACACACACACCACCGCACAAGCAUUCAUCGCCACAUUCAUCAUCAUCAUCAUCGCCUCGCAACUAACUGUACCUCAUCGCCAUCGCCAACGCCACCACCAACUUACCGACCGAGACCGGCCCCCGCCUGACCCACGCAGCCCGCCAGCCCAGCCCGCCGCCCGACAAGCCCGGAGAGACAGACAGACAACCAACCACCCCAACAAAGUACCUUGCGCCCACAACACGAGGCGAGGGCCACACAAGACAGACAACAACACAUACUACUACAGCACACACGCAUCGACGCCCGCUGGCACCCACGACCCCUCUGUCACUUGUCAUGCCGACGGCAUAGCAACAACUCGCACUAGCCACCCUUGAUAACGACCCAACUAGCCUUACUCGUGCCCAUCACCAGCGCGAGCCAACCCCCCCACCAACCCGCGACGAGCGCCGACGACGACCGGUAGCUUGCUCGCUUCGCCAGCUACACCCGCCCGUCUGCUUCUCCCACCUACUCGCCACCACGUCACACGAUGAACACCCUAAGCCGCAUCGACUCGUUCAUCGGCCGCGUGGUCAUCGUCCACCGGCCAUCAACGCCGACGGGCUCGCCGUCUCCCUCGGGCUCGGCGUCGUCGUCCCCCUCGCCGCCUUCCUCGGCCGCAUCUUCCUCCUUCCCUCCUGCGCCGUCGCCGCCCACGCCGCCGGCGGGAUCCCCCCGCAGGCGGCUAUCGACGCUGCCGCCGCGCGCGCGCAGGCGCAGACGCCGCGCACCAACCAGCAGCACGAUCAAGCUCCCGCCGCCGACGACGCCGCUCCUCCUCCGCAUAGCGCUCGCGCUGUGGUCCAUCCUGCUCGCGUUCUGGCGCAGUCUGGUGGGCGACACGCGUGCCGUGCGCCUCCGCCACCAGCGCGGACGGCGCGCGGCGGCGGCCGCAGCCGCCUCCAGGCCCGAGGAGGAGGACGAGGGCGCCCUCGGCGGCGUGGGCGGUAUCGGCAUGGGCAUUGGCGUCGCCGGCCUAGCGUCGAGCAUUGCCGCCGCUGCGUCGGCCGCCGCGGGCGGCGGGCUGAGCAGCGACGAGGGCGAGCUGUCGGGCUCGGACGCCGAGGCGUCGGACCGCGAGUGGGUCGACCCCGUCACGCGGGCAAGCGACACGACGAGCCUGCCAUCAGUGCCGCAGGAGAACGAGUUCCGCCCGCGUACCCCAACCGACACUACGUUUUCCUUCAGACUCCGCUCGGCGCAGUCCAAGGAGACCGUGUCGAUCACGGGCUCGCUCGACCCGUCGCUCCCGCAGCCCGCCGUGCCGGUCGCGGCGCCGCAGCCGCGCCCGUUCUCGCGCACGUCGCCGCCCCAGUCUAUCCUUGCGCCGGCGCAGCGCCGCACCACGCGCCUCCUCCCCAACCCCAUGGCGACGACGCUGCUUGAUCCAUCAGUGCCGGCCGUGCCGCACCGCAGCGUCACGCCGACGAUCCCGCCCGUCAUCCGCCCGCACACGCCUUUCCAUCUACAGAAGACGCUCAUUCUAGACCUCGACGAGACGCUCAUCCACUCGACCUCGCGCCCCAUGGGCGGCGGAAACACGGGUACUGGCCUCCUCGGCAUCCCGAGUGGCCUGAGCGGCCGCGGUCGCCGCAGGGGGGAGGGACACACGGUCGAGGUCGUGCUCAACGGCCGCAGCACGACGUACCAUGUGUACAAGCGGCCGUAUGUGGAUUUCUUCCUCAAGAAAGUCGCAUCAUGGUACACCCUCGUUAUCUACACCGCGUCGAUGCCAGAGUACGCCGACCCCGUCAUCGACUGGCUCGACGGCGGCCGCGGCCUGUUUGCCAAGCGCCUGUACCGCGAGAGCUGCUACCUGCAGCAUAAUGGCAGCUAUAUCAAGGACCUCAGUUUGGUCGAGGAGGACCUGGGGCGCGUGUGCUUCAUGGACAACUCGCCGAUAUCGUACUCGUGGAACAAAGCCAACGCCCUCCCGAUCGAGGGCUGGACAUCUGAUCCCAACGACGAGGCAUUGCUCCAGAGCAUCCCCGUCCUCGACAGUCUCCGGUUCGUCACGGAUGUGAGAAGAAUUCUCGGCAUCCGGGGCUUUGCAUAGUGUAACAGUAGUGAGCAUGCACGCGUAGUGCCAA